AUGGCAUUUUCUCCAACUCCUAUCUCUGCACUAUCUUCCACCAACCCAACACUGCCCAAAAGGCCUUCUUCACCUUUCACCACUGCAAAUCCAAAAGGCAUCCCCAAAGACCUCUACUUUAACCAUGAUGGUUCAGCCACAAAGAAGCUUCUGGCAGGGGUGAGCAUGGUGGCAGAGCUGGUUGGGGUUACAUUGGGUCCAAAGGGAAGAAAUGUGGUGCUGCAGAAUAAGUAUGGACCUCCCAAGAUUGUCAAUGAUGGUGAAACUGUUCUCAAAGAGAUCGAAUUGGAGGACUCUGUGGAGAAUGUCGGAGUUAAAUUGGUGAGGCAAGCUGGUGCAAAAACAAAUGAUCUGGCUGGAGAUGGUUCCACUACAGCUGUAAUUCUUGCUCAUGGUUUAAUUACUGAAGGUGUGAAGGUUACUGCAGCUGGCAUGAAUCCCAUUCAAAUUGCUCGUGGGAUCGAGAAGACUGCAGUGGCCCUGGUAUCUGAACUCAAAUUAAUGUCCAGAGAGAUCGAGGAUCACGAACUUGCAGAUGUUGCUGCAGUUAGUGCAGGCAAUGAUUAUACAGUGGGGAACAUGAUUUACAGUGCUCUUUGUCAAGUAGGAAAGAAAGGUGUAGUUUCUAUUGAAAAAGGGAAGUCUACAGAGAACACUCUUCAAGUUGUAGAAGGAAUGCAGUUUGAUCGCGGAUACUUAUCGCCUUACUUUGUCACUGAUCGACAAAAAAUGAUAGUGGAGUUUCAAGAGUGUAAGUUGCUUUUGGUUGACAAAAUAAUUACACACCCGGAGGAGCUGUUUAAGAUAUUGGACAAUGCAGUGAAAGAAAAGUAUGCAAUAGUGAUAGUUGCAGAGGGGAUUGAACAGGAAGCUUUAACUCCAGUAAUAAGAAACAAGCUCAGAGGUGCACUGAAGGCAGUUGCCAUUAAGGCGCCUGCCUUCGGUGAGCGCAAAAGCCACUACUUAGACGACAUUGCCAUUUUGACUGGAGCAACAGUAGUAAGAGAAGAGAUGGGAAUGAUCUUACAUAAGACUGGCCCGGAGGUAUUGGGAACUGCUACUAAGGUUGUGAUAACUAAGGACACUACACUGAUAGUUACCGAUGGAAGCACUCGAGAAGCUGUUAACAAGAGGGUUUCUCAGAUACAAAGGCUUGUUGAGAACACUAAAGAAGAAUUUCAAAAGAAGAUAUUAAAUGAAAGAAUAGGAAGAUUAUCAGGGGGGAUUGCUAUUCUGCAGGUAGGGGCACAAACACAAGUUGAGUUGAAGGAUAAACAACUUAGAAUUGAAGACGCUUUGAAUGCAACCAAGGCAGCAAUUGAGGAAGGUGUUGUAGUUGGUGGUGGAUGCUGCCUUUUGAGGCUCUCUAAAAAGGUGGAUGUCUUCAAAGAACUUAUGGAUAAUGAAGAACAGAAGAUUGGAGCAGAAAUCUUCAAGAAAGCUCUAAGCUAUCCUGCAAAACUGAUAGCUAAAAAUGCAGGUGUAAAUGGCAGUGUUGUAGUAGAGAAGGUUCUAUCAAAUGCUAAUAUGGGGUAUGGAUAUAAUGCUGCAAGAGACUGUUAUGAAGACCUAAUGAAAGCUGGGAUUAUGGAUCCAUCAAAGGUAGUUAGAUGUUGCUUGGAGCAUGCAGCAUCAGUCGCGAAAACUUUUCUGUUGUCUGAUGCUGUUGUUGUCGAGAUUAAGGAAUCAAAUCCCAUCCCAAGAAGAAUGCCGAGGCAAAGGCCAAAGCCACCCCUUCCCCCCAUGCCCCAAACGCCACAAAUGCCGCCAAUGUCAUCCAUGCCUUCAAUGCCACCAAUGUCCAUGCCAACCUCAGGUGCUCGAGCAUUCGGUUCCAAGUAUGGCAGAUGAAACACAUUGACUACAGUGAUUCACCCCUGAUUGAUCCAACAAAUGUUACAAAGCCCUGCUUUCUUCUAUUUAACCAAAGUUGAAGGGGGCAGUCAUGAAAUCACAUAGCACUUAAUAGUUCAGCUCCUUCAGAUCAAAUGCAUUGUUUUCAAAACCACAUCAACUGAAGUAUGCAUUUGGGGAAAGAAAGCUCAAAGCUAUUACUCCGAUACGGAAAUGCAGCAAGA